AUGGAUCCUUUCAAAGGAUCCGAACCCGAAAACCCUAUCGCCACAUGCCUUUCCAUGCUCUCCCUCCGCCGCUUCUCCGCCUGCCGAGACUUCGCCCGCCGCCUCCCUCCAUCCGACAACAUCGCCCGACUCCUCGCCGUAGCCGACGUUCUCUCCGCCGUUGACUUCUAUUCCGUUCUCCAGCUCCAACGCUCCAACGGUUUCAACCGCGACCUCACGCGGCGGCAGUACGCGAAGCUGGCGCUCCUCCUGGACCCGACGAGCCCUGACAAGUUCCCCUUCUCAGAUGAGGCCCUCGCACGUGUGCAGGAAGCCUGGCACGUGCUCUCCCACCCCGAGCGCCGUGCCCUCUACGACCGCGAGCACCCAUUCCCCGCAACGGCGACGUUUUGGAGCGCGUGCCCCUACUGCUGGAAUAUCUUCGAGUACGAGAAGAUGUACGAGGAUUGCGCGCUGCAGUGCCAGGUUUGUGGGAAGGCGUUCCAGGGCGUGGCGGUGGAGUCGCCGGCAAUGGUGGGCGACACAGUGGUGGAGGGAGAGGAACUCCGGCAGUACUACUCGUGCGAGUCGAGUGUGCCCUUGAUGUAUUAUGAGGUAAAGGAGGAGAUUAAGGGUAGGAACGUUUUUGGUGAACAAAAUGCUGCACCGAUUGUGGAUAUUUCUGAUGAUGAUAAUGAAGGGUCUGUUAUAAGAAAUGAAGGGUUGCAAGGGAAUGGUGAGAAGCGGCGAAUGAGGGUAAAAACUGUAGCGAAGAGGGUUAGAGGGAACAGGAUGACUGGGCCUCUUGAUAGUGAUUUGGAUUUGGAUUUGAGUGAAGAAGAUGGUGAAUUGGAGUUCAUUGAAGGAGAGGAUGAUAUCUUUGUCGGUGUGCGAUUUCAAAAGUGA